GUAAAAGUUGCAAGAAUCUUCAGUUAUAGCAUUUUGGUUCAAUUUACAAAAGAAGCUGUCAUAAUGCCUACACAACAGGCUUCUGAUGUUGAUAAUGACAUAAGAAUGAGAGUUGGCUAUAAUGGAGAUAUUCUGAUCACAGCUAUAACUUGUGAAAUAAGUUAUGAGGAUUUCUGUGCAGAGAUUAAAGAUAUAUGCAAGUUUGAUGACCAACAACCUUUUACUGUAAAAUGGGUGGAUGAAGAUGGUGAUCCAUGUACAGUGUCAUCACAGAUAGAGCUUGACGAGGCUAUCAGAUUGUAUGAACUAAACAAGGACUCAGAAAUCAACAUUCAUGUAUUCCCUAAUGUACCAGCAGCACCAGGUCUACCAUGUAUAGGAGAAGAUCGUAAUAUGUACAGGCGUGGUGCACGAAGAUGGAGAAAACUGUACAGGGUGAAUGGACAUCUGUUUCAAGCUAAACGGUUCUCAAGGAAGGCAGUUUGUGAGUUUUGCCAAGACAGGAUUUGGGGUCUAGGAAGACAAGGUUUUAAAUGUAUACAGUGUAAAUUGCUGGUGCAUAAACGCUGCCACAAACUUGUCAAAAUACAGUGUGGAACAGCCAGACCACCCAUAGUCCAGAGAGAGCCUCAGGGUGAAGCUCCACCACCUUAUGCAGACAAAUGUCAAAGUCAAGUACCAGGGAAUGAGUCAAAUGGAGAUUCCACAACAACAGCACAAAUAGACAUUGGCAAGGAGGAGGAAGCGGUCGAAUCAUCAUUAGAUAACAAUGAGGCUUCCACCACAGGUGAUGGCAGUAAAAUGGUGAGCAUGGAUGAUUUCAAUAUUUUACGAGUGAUAGGACGAGGAAGUUAUGCCAAGGUGAUAUUGGUGGAGCAGAAAAGAUCAAAACGUCUCUAUGCAAUGAAAGUAAUCAAAAAAGAGUUAGUGAAUGAUGAUGAGGAUAUCGACUGGGUACAGACAGAGAAACAUGUGUUCGAGACAGCAACAAAUUACCCAUUCCUUGUUGGACUUCAUUCCUGUUUCCAGACACCAAGCAGGUUAUUUUUUGUGAUAGAGUUUGUAAAUGGUGGAGAUUUGAUGUUUCAUAUGCAACGACAACGACGACUACCUGAGGAACAUGCCAGAUUUUACUCUGCCGAAAUUGUUCUAGCCUUAAAUUACCUCCAUCAAAGAGGUAUUGUGUAUAGAGAUCUGAAGUUAGACAAUGUUUUACUUGAUUCUGAAGGACAUAUCAAACUCACAGAUUAUGGAAUGUGUAAGGAGGGGCUUUGGCCAGGAGAUGCUACAAGUACAUUCUGUGGAACACCAAAUUACAUCGCACCAGAGAUUCUUCGAGGAGAGGAUUAUGAUUACAGUGUAGACUGGUGGGCUCUAGGAGUAUUGAUGUUUGAGAUGCUGGCAGGACGGUCCCCGUUCGAUGUAGUCGGUGGUGCAGAAAACCCUGAUCAAAAUACUGAAGACUACCUAUUCCAAAUAAUCCUUGAGAAGACAAUAAGAAUACCAAGAUCACUGUCUGUGAAAGCUGCAUCAGUACUUAAAGGCUUCCUAAAUAAGAAUCAGAAGGAGCGCCUGGGAUGUCAUCCACAGAAUGGUUUUCCAGAUAUUCAGUCCCAUGCAUUUUUCCGAACAAUUGACUGGGAUAUGUUACAACAGAAACAAAUCUCACCACCAUACAAACCUCAGUUAAAGGGAGAAAGAGAUCUGGAACAUUUUGACCCGGCAUUUACAAACGAACCAGUCCAGCUUACACCAGAUGACCCGAAAGUAAUAGACAAGAUUGAUCAGUCCGAGUUUGAUGGUUUUGAAUAUGUGAACCCACUUCUUAUGUCAAUGGAAGAUUGUGUAUGAUGCUCUGUUACCAUAGCAACUGUAAACGGACACGACAUAGGCAAUAUUCGGAGGUCACCAAGGACAGUGGAAAUCAAUUGAUCCAUUGCCAUUUCAAGUUAUAUUAAUUUGGAAUUAAGAGUGUAUAUUUGAUAUGUAUGAAUGCACAAACUGUAAAAAAAAUACUAAUAUGAGUACUAACAUAAUCAUAUACAUAGUUGUUUAUUUUGAACUUAGUUUGCUUGAACACGCAGGUAAAAUUUGUUAUUAGUAGGCUUUAAAUCAUUACAUUUGUACCUGGUUACAUCAAAACAAUAAAUGGUACGUUUGUAUACAGCAUGUAUGCAAUGAAGAUAUGCACCGAUAAACACCUGUAAAUCAGGACUGUUAGUCGAGUUCGAAUUAUCGGUGCUCAAAUUUUCAGGGGAUAAACAUAUACAUUAUUUAGGGAUUUGCUGGGACAGGAUGAUGAGUUCAAACAGAAGGUGGUGUUUACAUUGGUUUAGUUUGAGUGAACAAAGUUCCACUCUAUUUUCACAGUUACACCUAUAUUUAGAUGAGAAACUGCAUAAAUAUUAUGUAUAUAAGGCCAAAGACAGUUCCACUGAUAAUAUGAUUUGUAAAUAAAUGUUUAAAAUAAUAUGAUUAUAUUGCAAAGAUUUCGAAACUUGUUUACCUUUAUAGAUUGCAUAUCAUUAUGCCUCCCUUCAAAGAAGUGUUGCUCAUUUUGGUAGACAGGACUUUGUGUCUGUCUGUUGGUGUACCAUUUUGUUUCUGGUCAAUAACUAGAGAAUUCUUGGGCCUAAGUCAUAGGAUUAUUGAUUCUGAUCAGUAAAUGACCCCUAUGUUUUUGUUAAUGAUCUUGAGGCUGAGAAUGGUUUCAAAUUAAUUACUUGAGUGUACUUAGGCCUAUGACCUACAAUUCUUUAGGAUGGUUGCCUGUGAUCAAUAGCUGACACAUAGUGUUUUUUAGUCAAACGGUAAAGUCACAGUGACCGUCAGGCUAAAACGGUUUCUGAUCAAUAAUUGGAACACACUUGGAGCUAAAGCUGUGAAACAUCAUAGGAUGACUAGCUGUGUCCAGUAGAUUAUAUCUAUUGUUUUUAGGGUCAUUAGAUAUAAGUAAAGGUCAUGGUAACCUUUAUACCUAAAACAGUCUAUAAUCAAUAACUGGAGACACUUGAAUCUACAGCAGUCAAACUUUAUAUGAUGGCUUUCACAAUGACCUUUAGAGGGAAAAGUGUCGGAGACACUUGAACCUACAGCAGUACAGUCAGUCUUCAUGUUGAUGAUUGCUUGUGUUUGUUAGAUGACACCUACUGUUUUGGGGGUCAUUAAGUCGAGUCAAGGUCAUAGUGACCUUCACACCGAAAACAAAACAGUCUCCAAUCAAUAACUGGAGACUCUUGGACCUACAGCUGUCAAACUUAAUGUGAUGAUUGCUUAAGUUCAGAAGAUAAUCCCUAUUUGUUAGAGGACAUUUUCUAAGUCAAGGUCACAGUGACCUUUAGACCAAAAAGCAGUGACCAUUAAUAACUUGAGAUGCUUGAACUUACAGCAGCGGGUUUAAAUUUCAUAUGAUGAUUACAUGUGCUCUGUGCGACUGAAAAUGGUUACCUCUGACAGAUUGUCAACGUGUGGCUCUGCUCGACAGAAAAUGGUUAACUCUGACAGAUUGUCAAGGUGUGGCUCUGUGCGACUGAAAAUGGUUACCUCUGACAGAUUGUCAACGUGUGGCUCUGCUCGACAGAAAAUGGUUAACUCUGACAGAUUGUCAAGGUGUGGCUCUGUGUGACUGAAAAUGGUUACCUCUAACAUUGUCAGCGUGUGGCUCUGUUCAACAGAAAAUGGUUACCUCUGACAGAUUGUCAACGUAUGGCUCUGUGCGACUGAAAAUGGUUACUCUGACAGAUUGUCAACGUGUGGCUCUGUGCGACUGAAAAUGGUUACCUCUGACAGAUUGUCAACGUAUGGCUCUGUACGACUGAAAAUGGUUACUCUGACAGAUUGUCAACGUGGGCUCUGUGCGACUGAAAAUGGUUACCUCUGACAGAUUGUCAGCGUGUGGCUCUGUUCAACAGAAAAUGGUUACCUCUGACAGAUUGUCAACGUAUGGCUCUGUGCGACUGAAAAUGGUUACCUCUGACAGAUUGUCAACGUGUGGCUCUGUGCGACUGAAAAUGGUUACCUCUGACAGAUUGUCAACGUAUGGCUCUGUACGACUGAAAAUGGUUACCUCUGACAGAUUGUCAACGUGUGGCUCUGUGCGACUGAAAAUGGUUACCUCUGACUGAUUGUCAACGUGUGGCUCUGUGCGACUGAAAAUGGUUACCUCUGACAGAUUGUCAAGGUGUGGCUCUGUACGACUGAAAAUGGUUACCUCUAACAGAUUGUCAACAUGUGGCUCUGUGCGACUGAAAAUGGUUACCUCUGACAGAUUGUCAAGGUGUGGGGGGUAUGUGUUUUAGAAGUAGCUCUUUGUUUCUUACAGACAGGUAUUGUACUAAGCAACAGAAUCCUCGCAAAUAAAUACACACAAUAAUUUAUUGUAAACAUUAUGUCUGCUAAAAAUGAAAAAAGAACAAACAAAAAAAAACAGUUUGCCUAGUGUCAAAGUAAAACAGUUUCAGUCUGAUUUUAAAUUAUCAGCUGAAGUUAGAAAAUCAUAAUGUUACUUUUGAUGAUCAUAAAAAGUUGGUAUUUAUCCAUAAAUCUUCUGUCAUACAUCAAGAAUGCUGUCAAAAUUUCUGCAAUCGAUGUAAGUUAAAAUAAACCUUGAUGACAUCAGUCUGCCUGGUUUCCACUGUUAGAGGUGUGGACUGGGUUAAAUAGCAAUAUGUAUUACGAAAAAUAACUGAAAUAUCUCUUGAAUAUAAAUCGGCACUAUCUGUAAGUAAAAUAUUUUAGAAGAAUGUUGUUAACUUUCAAAAGAAGCACAGGCUAUAACCUUUUAUGAUAUUGAUAUCGGUAGGUUAUGAAAAAUUUGUAGCAAUUGAGUGUUUUUGAAUUAUUUCAAUUAAUCCCACAAGUUGCUAGGCAACCAUGUCUUUGUGUAUACCUGUUGUUUAAAUUUAGAAAUUUUCUAAAUAAUUAUAAUGUUAAAUUCAAUUUUCAUUUAAAAUAGAUAAUAUUUCCAAAUUAUAUACUUUUUUCAGUGGUGCAGUUUCACAACAUUGAUUUUAACAGAAAUUGUAAAAAUACCAGUUUCUAAAUAUAGCUCUGGAAUAUAUGACAGAAGUGUCCUGGAACUACAAAGUAGGUCAAUGAUAACUUUGUUACUGCAACUCAACAAAAGUAGAAUUGUGUCUUCUUUACAUCAGGAUCAUCAUGAAGGGAUAAAAUUUUGAGAAAAUGGUGAUUUGAAAGAUGAGCUUAUCUUAUUUAUUUUAAAGAUAUGCCUGUUUUGUUAGACUGUCGAGAACAUAUGAUGCCAGGAUACUGUUGAAAAGAGAACAAAAUUGCAAACUAAUAAAAACAUGGUUCAUCUGUUCCCUUAGAAAUUAUAUAUAGAACAGUGUAUGCAGAGUAUUUGUCAUUUAGAGUGACAAUUCAUGAUUAUUUUUACAGAUUGCUAAUAACUUUUGAUUUCGUAAUGAAACUAUUGACAUUAGAACCUAAUAUAGAAAAAGAGUGGGAAAAAGCAACAUGUUACACUUCCUAAAAAAGUAUUGUUGAGAGUCAUUUUGUACAUUAUACAUUGUAAUUUAAAACACAUGACCAGUCUUUUAUGAAGCAGACAACAGAGCUAAUUUGUGACAACAACGAUAAUUAGUGAUGUUUGCAAUUAUCAGUUUAAAUAUUUUUAAACAUCCUGUACAGUAUGAAUGGCAGGAAGGAAUAUUUGAAUGUAUCGGCUAAUAUAGACGUUAGUUUCGCAUCAUUUUGGUAUUGUUUGGGAAAUAUCCCAUAAUAGUAUUCUCUCUUUGCUUAAUGAAUGAAAGACAUUUAUGGAAAAAAACAUCAGUUUAUUUCUGAAUUCUCUAACAAAUGUUCUGACUGAUGAUUUACCUUUGAUAUUACUGUCCGUCUGCGCUUAUAAGACGACUUUUUGAGGCUUACUUUUUAUCUUUGAUAAAUUUCAUAAGUGAUAAUGCUACUAUCAUUUAAGGUUUAGAAUUAGGCCUUGAGAAACAAAACUCAAACAACACCAAAUCAUAGAAAGAAAGAGUUGUUUGACAUGAAAAUUGAACAGCAUGUAAAACAUAUAUAUUACUUUACGAAACAAGUGUCAGUAUACUGAUAUAAACAUUGAAUUCUGGAAAAGGACUGCCUAAAGGGGCUCCACUUCCGGACAAUUAAACGCCUUUAAAAACUCACCAUUUUCAAAGAGCAGUUACACAUGUUCGUUUUGAUGCAUUUGCAAUAGCGUGCGAGUGGUGAAAUUUCGCAUGACAAGGUGGAACACAGUUUUCAGCAAUUGUUUAUUUUUAUUUCUUUACAAAUGGUAUUCAUUUUCAAAGGGAGACAACUUUUUCCGAUUAUUUUAAGUACAAAUGGCAUUCAUUUUCAAAGGGAGACAACUUUUUCCGAUUAUUUUAAGUAAUCGUCGAGAAAAAGUUGUUUCCCUUUGAAAAUGAAUGCCAUUUGUAAAGAAAUAAAGAUAAACAAUUGUUGAAAACUGUGUUCCACCUUGUUAUGUGAAAUUUCACUACUCCCACGCUAUUGCAAAUGCAUCAAAACGAACAUGUGUAACAGUUCUUUGAAAAUGGUGAGUUUUUAAAGGCGUUUGACUGUCCGGAAGUUGGGCCCCUAUAGGCAGUCAUUUUCUGGAAUUCAAUGUUUAUAUCAGUAUACUGACACUUGUUUCGUAAAGUAAUAUACAUGUUUUACAUGCUGUUCAAUUUUCAUGUCAAACAAAUCUUUCUUUCUAUGAUUUGGUGUUGUUGGAUUUUUGUUUCUCAAGGCCUUCUUCGUAACCUUAACACAUGAAACAUUAAGAAAUAUUUUAUUUAACAAAGCCGGUCUGUUAUCAUCAAAGACGCAUUUAUAAAGCACAUCACACACACCUCUAGUCAGAUUGAUAUAUGCCCUACGGGUUGUUUGCUUUACCUCUCUUGAAGGGGUGUAGGCAAUUAGUGAUGCACUGUUUGGCAACUGUUUUAAUUGGUUUUAAAUUUGUAUGUUAUGAUAUUAAAGAGUGCCGCAGGGUAGUUUUGUAAUUGAGAAGAAGAUCACCGUGUCAUUUUGUGUUAAUUGUGGGUCAGUUAUACAUGGUCAGUAAAUACAUCUGCAACAUGUAUUACGCAGUUGAUUGGUUGACAGCUCUUUAAUUUCACUAAUUUCGAGCGGGUUUAAAUUAAGAUUGACAGGGAAUAAACAAUUUGAGUUAUAGACAGGUUAUAAAAAUUAAAAAAACUUAUAGAAAUGAAGCAAGAAGAUACUUCUAUAGAUCCAUAUAGCUACACACUUGUUCAUACAUUGGGUAUCAAAACGUAGUGGAUUACCUCCCUUACCUUAACAUCAGGUGCUACCUGUGAAACAAAUCAGCUUAGAGGGUAUUACUUCUACGUGGUCUGUCUGUCCAUCGUAACAAUAAAUAUUUCCAUUUCCACCAGUCAUCCCGUCUCAGUUUUGGUUGACAACAAUGCAUAUUUUAUUCGUCGUCUGUCUGUCAGCCCGUCAUUGUAACUUGUGUGUUGGUGUAAUGUCCGUAAUAGAAGUAGCAUAGUUCUUAGAUACACAAUAAGUAUAUCUCCUACAACUAUGUUACUCCAAUUUUCUGUCUAUUAUUUGUCUGCUGUAAUCUUUGGUAACGUUGAUCAUGUAUUGAAAAUGAAACACACAAACAAACAGUUUAUUCAAUCAAGACAUGAAAUACAUGGCAGAAUAUGGUAAAUAUAAUAAUUGUGCUUAUAGAUUGUCGUCCGUGACUUCAGAACUGUAUUCAUACUUGAUGAACUGUGGUACCUGAAAUAUUUAAAGCAAUAGAUUUUAAAAGUUAUUAUGUUACAAACAACUUAAUCAAAAAGCAUUUAUAGCAUUAUCAAACUGCCGAUGAUUGACCCCUGUCACUUUUACCACGUCAUCAAAAAAUAUUUCUAGAAACAAACUGCUGAUUCAGGAUCCCUGUCAAUUUUACAAUGUAGCUGAUGAGAAUCAAUCACAGUAUUAAACUGCUGACCACCGAUCUCCAUCAAUUUUACACCUCGUCUUAUCGGCAAAAACCACGAUUUUUUGGAUCAAAGUAUAAAUUAUAAGCGCAGACAGACGGUAAUCUGUAUUCCUAACAUGUGCUGAAUAAAUAAAUGAUCAAGAAGAAUAGAAGACAUUACCUUCUAUACUCUUCCAGGGUGUUCAUUAAUUUGCAGACAACAUGGGGAAAAAAAGGAAGUCAGAAAAAGUGCACAAGAGCUUUAAUGGUCACCUGUCUUAAGCAGCCAUUUUGGCAGUUUUCCUUUACUGACUGCUCAACACAAUAUAGACUGUAUACAUGAUGUUGCAUUGUAAAAUAAGCAACUGCAGUAUGAAUAUUAGUGAUUUAGUUGAUGUGUCUGCCUUAUGUACACUAUACAGUAUUAUUGUUCUAUGCAGUUUAUUGUAAACUUAUUUAGUACACAAUGUACAUAUUAUGACCUUUGAUAUUUAUACAUUAGACAGCAACUUUAUUCUUGUAGCUUGAUGUUAUUGAGGUCAAGUGUGAAAUAGAAUGAGUGUAAAUAUGGAAAUAAUGCUGCUGCUGCUGCACUGAUUAAAAGCUUGUAUUGUUUAAAUCAUAGAAAUAUAGAACAUAGAACACAGGAUUUCAAUGUUAAUCUCUGUCAUUUUUAGUUUAUUAUUACUAUAUUAUACCAGAUUUAUAUAGCGCCCUUUUCAUGAUGCGCUUUACAUAGCUUGACAAUUUGAAGAAUAAGGAGGGCUAUUGGAGUUGGUGUCACUGUUGCAUUCAGGUUAAAGUUUUAUGACAAGCUUCUGAAUUUAACUAUGUCUUCUUAACAACUGCUCAUAGUAUCAUCAAACUUCAUGUAAGGAUUGAUCAAGGUAAAAGGCAAACAUUAGUUAUCCUGAAGGACAAGGUCACUGAAGGUCAGGUACAUGUAUUGUAUAAUAUUGCUGGUCAAAGUUUUAUAGCAAUUUCACUAUAUCUUCUUAUUAUUCAUUAAACCUCUGAUAAGGAUUGAUCUUAGUAAGGGGCGAACAUCUUUUGGUGUACGGUCAAGGUCACUGGAGUCCAUGUUUGUAAUAGUGCUGGUUAAAAGUUUUAUUGCAUGCUGCUCAAUUUCAUUUGUAUCUAAAUGUUUUUUGGUACCUGAAUCUUAUCCAUCCACCACCCCAACCCUCUCCUCAACAUACGCACACACACACAUACUCCCACUUCCUUCAUUUUUAGCUCACCUGUCACGUAGUGACAAGGUGAGCUUUUGUGAUCAACCCAUAAUCCAUCCAUCGUCUGUCCAUAAUUUCUUGUAAACACGAUAGAGACCACAUUUUGCAGUCAAUAUUAAUCAAAGUUGCACACAACUUGUAAUGGCAUAAUAUUUCGGUUCCUUUCGAAAACUGGCCAGAUCCCAAUCUUCAUGAAACUUGGUAAGGAUGUUUAUCUUGAUGAUUCCAAGACAAAGUUCAAAACUGGGUCAAUUGAGAUCAAAAACUAGGUCACCACUCAAAUCAAAGGAAAAGCUUGUUCACACUCUAGAGGCCACAUUUAUGACCCUAUCUUCGUGAAACUUGGUCAGAAUGUUUAUCUUGGUGAUUUGAAGGCCAAGUUUAACAGGUGAGCGAUAUGGGGGUCAUCAUGACCCUCUUGUUUACAUUUGUCACUAACACAUUGUUUUUUUCUGAUUUCCUCACACCUCCUUAUCUAACUCCCCUUCCCAUGACACCUCAUCUUCCCCUUCUCCCCCAUAUUUCUCUUUAUUUACAUUUCUUACACUUAAAUCUUAAAAUGAAAAUGAUAUAUUGCUUAAUAUUUUGCAAUAGUCAAGCGCACUGUCGGACCAACAGCUCUAGUUUACGUUAUUUCUUUAUUCAGACUUAAAAGAAUUUUAUAUUACAGCCUUAUUACACUAUUUCCAGUUUCUGUACAUGUUUUACAGCCAUUUAAUAAGUCAAAUGUUUUGUCUUUUAUAAAGCACUAUUUAACAUAGCAUAUAAUUUUUAUACAUUUAUAUGUUCAUUUAGAAUAGCAGGAGUGUGCAGUAAAACUCAAAUACAGUAAUAAUAGUACUAGGACUGGUAAGCCCGGUGUCAGUAUAAUGUGACUGGGUGGGGUAUUAUGUCCUGUGUCUAUGGCGUGAUAUUCCAGUGAGGCAGCACUAUAAAGUUGGGCAUUGUGCUCACUACUUAAGUAGACACCAUUGUUUAUAUGACUUAAAAAUUGUUGAAAAAGAUGUUAAACCCGAACACACACACAGUAAUAAUAUGCAGUGAAAGGAAGGUGGUCAGUAGGAAACAUUUUCAGAGUAAUAUCUUGUCUUCAAAAUUAAAGAAUUGGUCUGUAGUGCAAACUUUCAAAGAAUAGGUAUAGCUAUUAACUAGUUUGACUGCAUCUUUAUUUGAUUCAGUUUUUGUUUGUAAGUGGUAUCUUAAUAACCUCUGGUGGAAAUGGAUUGAAACUUAACAUGUAUGUUUCCUGUGAUGGUCUGACAUGCACUGCAUAGGUUUCAUAACACUGUUUCACUUUUUGCGACCCCAAAACCUUUUACCAAAGUUGCUCAAACCCUUUCAUCAGAAAUUUUUUUUAGGUGACCCUAUGCUGUGGUGGCAUAUUUCUGCCAUGAGAUAGCUAGGUAGCUAUCGCGAUAAUUAAAAGAAUUAUCGUGAUAAAGCGCAGUUUUCUGAAAAGAUUAUCUCAAUAGUCGAAAGUUUUUUGCAAAUAUUAUUGCAAUAAUUUACAAUAUUAUCUCGAUACUUUUUGCGUAAGUGCCCACAACUGGCAUUUAUUAGCUAGAAAAAGACUUUUCUGAAAAGUUUCCUGGAAAUAUUUUUCACCAUAUUAUCUCGAUGUUUUUUAGCUCACCUGAGCACAAAGUGCUCAAGGUGAGCUUUAGUGAUCGCCCUGUGUCCGUCGUCGUCCGUUGGCGUCAACAAUUUGACUGUUAACACUCUAGAGGUCACAAUUUUGGCCCAAUCUUAAUGAAACUUGGUCAGAAUGUUACCCUCAAUAAAAGCUUGGACGAGUUCGUUAUUGGGUCAUCUGGGUCAAAAACUAGGUCACCAGGUCAAAUCAAAGGAAAAGCUUGUUAACACUGUGGAGGUCACAAUUUUGGCCCAAUCUUAAUGAAACUUGAUCAGAAUGUUACCCUCAAUAAAAUCUUGGACGAGUUCUAUAUUGGGUCAUCUGGGGUUAAAAACUAGGUCACCAGGUCAAAUCAAAGGAAAAGCUUGUUAACACUCUAGAGGUCACAAUUUUGACCCAAUCUUAAUGAAACUUGGUCAGAAUGUUACCCUCAAUAAAAUAUUGGACGGUUUCGAUAUUGGGUCAUCUGGGGUCAAAAACUAGGUCACCAGGUCAAAUCAAAGGAAAAGCUUGUUAACACUGUAGAGGCCACAUUUAUGACUGUAUCUUCAUGAAACUUGGUCAGAAUUUUAACCUUGAUGAUCUUUAGGGCCAAUUUGAAUCUGGGUCAUGUAAGGUGAAAAACUAGGUGAAAUCAAAGGAAAAGCUAGUUAACAUUCUAGAGGUCACAUUUAUAAACAUAUCUUAAUAAAACUUGGUCGGAAUGUUAAUCUUGAUGAUCUUUAGGUCAAGAUCAAAUCUGGGUCAGCUGGGGUCAGAAACUAGGUCACUUGGUCAAAUUAAAGGAAAAGCUUGUUAACACUCUAGAGGUCACAUUUAUGACUUUAUUUUCAUGAAACUUAGUCAGAAUGUAAAUCUUGGUGAUCUUUAGAUCAAGUUCAAAUCUGAGUCUUGUAGGGUCAAAAUCUAGGUCACUGGGCCAAAUCAAAGGAAAAGUUAGUUAGCACUUUAGAGGCCAUAUUUAUGACCAUAUCUUAAUGAAACUUGAUGAUCUUUAGGCCAACUUUAAAUCUGGGUCAGAUGGGGUCAAAAACUAGGUCACCAGGUCAAAUCAAAGUAAAAGCUAGUUAACACUGUGUAAGCCACAUUUAUGACCGUAUCUUAAUGAAACUUGGUCAGAAUGUUAAUGUUGAUGAUCUUUAGGUCAAGUUUAAAUCUGGGUCAGGUGGGGUCAAAAACUAGGUCACUAGGUCAAAUCAAAGGAAAAGCAUGUUAACACUCUAGAGGCCAUAUUUAAGACUGUAUCUUCAUGAAACUUGGUCAGAAUGUUAACCUUGAUAAUCUUUAGGUCAAAUUCGAAUCUGGGUCAUAUGGGGUCAAAAACUAGGUCACCAGGUCAAAUCAAAGGUACAGCUAGUUAACACUCUAGAGGCCACAUUUAUGACCAUAUCUUAACGAAACUUGCUCAGAAUGUUAAUCUUGAUGAUCUUUAGGCCAGUAGGUCAGGUGAGCGAUACAGGGCCUUCAUGGCCCUCUUGUUUGCAUUUAGUGCCCAGGGCUGCCAUUUUGAUAUCUAUAAAUAACACCCUACUAAAUCGAUGGAACACUGUUGAACCCCUGUAAUUUAACACUGAACUUAACACCAUCAUGCAGUAGAUACUGUAGACUGCAAACUUUUUAAAAGUCUUGCGCCAAUAACUGAUUGAUAUCAUUGUGUUCUAUUUAUAGCUAUCUAGCAGCUGUGAUGUUGCAGUAAUGGAAUUUUGUGCUUAAAAGUUUUCAGAAAACAAUAAAAUAUCUGGAAAAAAUAAAUUAUUGUGAUAAUAUUUUCAGAAAAUUGCACAACUUUCCUGGAAAGUUUAGAAUAUUAUCGUGAUAGCUACCAAGCAUCUUGUGGCAGUUUUGAGCAUUCACGCGAAAUUUUGCGCUAAAAUAUUUUCACAAAAUAUUAUUUAUUGCAGAUAUUUUUUAGAAAAAAAAACACAUUUCCAUUAUUAUCGUGAUAGAUACCUAGCUAUCUCAUGGCAGAAAUAUGCCACCAUACUGUGCGAUGCCUAAAUUAUUACCUAUUGAGCUGUGAAACUCUGGUUCCAGGGCCAACAUGUCCAUUUACUAAUAGGCCCGCCCGCUUAGCUCAGUAGGGAGAGCGUUGGUCUACAGAUCGUGGGGUUGAGGGUUCGAUCCCCGGGUGGGGCGUAUGUUCUCCGUGACAAUUUGAUAGAAGACAUUGUGUCUGAAAUCAUUCGUCCUCCACCUCUGAUAAUUCAUGUGGAGAAGUUGGCAGUUACUUGCAGAGAACAGGUUUGUACUUGUACAGAAUCCAGGAACACUGGUUAGGUUAACUGCCCGCCGUUACAUGACUGAAAUACUGUUGAAAAAUGGCGUUAAACCCAAAACAAACAAACAAACAUUUACUAAUAGGUAAAAUGUAUUUUUACCAGUCCUGUUGCAUUGUCUGCUUUGAGUUUUAUUGUACACUUUAAAGUAAAGACAAGAUUGUUUUUAGCUCACCUGAGCCAAAGGCUCAUGGUGAGCUUUUGUGACCGCUCAAUGUCCGUCGUGCGUCGUCAGUCGUCGUUGCUCGUCCAUCCGUCAACAUUUUCUAAAAAAAUCUUCUUCUUGAAAACCACUGGACAGAAUUACACCAAACUUCACAGGAAUGAUCCUUGUGUGGCCCCCUUUCAAAAGAAUUGAAUUUCAUGCAGAACUCUGGUUGCCAUGGCAAGCGAAAGGAAAAACUUUAAAAAUCUUUUCUUGUCCAAAACCACAAGGCAUAGAGCCUUGAUAUUUGGCAUGUUACUCAUCUAAUGGUCCUCUAUGAAGAUUGUUCAAAUAUUGCCCCUGGGGUGAAAAGAGGCCCCACCCCGUGGGUCACAGGUUUUACAAAGACAUAUAGGAAAAAACUUUAAAAGUCUUCUUGUCUAAAACUACAAGACCUAGGCCUUUGAUAUUUGGUAUGUAGCAUUGCCUUGUGGUCCUCUACCAAAAUUGUUCAAAUUAUAACCCUGGGGUGAAAAGAGGCCCUGCCCUUGGGAUCCCAGAUUUAACAUAGACCUAUCUAUAGGGAAAAAAUCUUCUUGCCUGAAACUGCAAGGCAUAGGCUUUUGAUAUUUGGUAUGUAGCAUUGCCUAGUGGAUCUCUAACCAGAUUGCCCAAAUUAUGCCCCAGGGGUGAAAGGAGGCCCCUCCCUAGGGAUCACUUGUUAUAUGAGUUAUAUAGGAAUAAAUACUUCAAAAAUUAUCAGAUCAUAUUUCCUAGACUGCUUAAUUAUAAUUACCUGAUGACCCGAAGUGAUUAGGGGUCACUUGACUGUGACCUUGACCUACUGACCUACUUUCUUGUUUUUUAAGAUACAGCCUUGAAAUUUGGAUGACAUGUACAGUUUUGCAAACCGAUCUUAAAACUGACUUUCAGUGACCAUGAAUGUGACUGACUGACCUACUUUCUAAUAUUUUAUCAUCAGUUUGACAUUUUAAACAUGUGGCUCAUAUUACUCAGGUGAGCGAUUCAGGGUCAUCAUGACCCUCUUGUUUGCAGUUUGUAUACAGAUUAUUCAUAUUUUUUACUAUCUUUCAUGUGCAUUUCUUUUCACAAAGUAGAAAUAUGUAUGAAUGCCUUUUUGUCUGCAAAGUAGUGCAAAAAUUUGAACAUUUUUUGUAAUAACUAAACUAAAAAAAGUAUGAAAUCACCAGAAUAAUGUGAAAAAUGUGAAAAUAUAUUGUGGUAACCUCUUAAACAUUUGUUUCAGCAGCAUACAUUAUGCAGUGGUUCUGAAACAAAUAUUAUUUUGAAUUCUAACACAACCCAAUUUGUUUUUCUAUUAAACAGAGAAGACUUAAAAUGUGUGUGUUAUUAUGCAACAAUGCACUGUUUGUACGUCUUACUAUGUUACUAUGUUAUAGCCGCACACUGGGAAAAAACCCACACUAAAUAGGCAAAUAUUUGGUGGAUGUUGUCAAGGAUGUGCGUAAUAAUCCUUGAUAUGUUAGAAUUGAAAUAAUAUAUCUCAAACAGUAUUUGUUCUUGAAUAAAAUCAAUGUUGUUUAGAUGAGUGUUAUUGUAUCACUCAGGCUCCGCCCUCAUGAUAUUAUUCCUUGGCAUCUGAACUCCAGUCUGUGAUUUUAUUCAAUGACAAAUCACUGUUUGGGGUAUAUUAUUUCUUAACUAACAAAAUAUUAAGAUAUUGUCAGGUUCAAAUUUCUGUUGUUUUCUUCAAAUGUCCAGUCUUUCUGUACUUUUUAAUAGCACUGUGUUAAAAUGCCAAAAAGUUAAAAGAAGUAGUUGUAGAUAAAAGAAAUAUUGUAUUACUCUAGAUAAGGAGAUUAUUUCAAGAACUUGAAUGUUCUACAGCAGACAGAUUUUACAAUGGUUUUCUCAUUAUAUUUUAGUAAUAUUUUGUCAUUACAUUUGUUUCAACAAUCAGAUUUUUUUAAUACUUUAUAAUUUAUUUAUACAUUUAACUAAUCAUAUACUUUGGUUAUUCUAGUUCUGCUGUUGGCUCAUAUAAAUAUGUGGGAUAUUGAAAAUACCAAGAAUAGUUCUCUCCAAUUUCUGGACCAAUUUUGCUGAUACAUAUCGGGUGUGAGCUUUUAAAUUAAAACUUUUACAACAUAAUUUUUUUUUGUUAUCAGUUUUAAAGCAACAUCACUGUUGCUGACUGAUAUAUUCAUUGGACAUCUGUUGCACAAGCCAUCAGCGAUACUCGCCUGGCCUUUUUAUGCGCCCAAACUUAUAUUCGUACGCUGGUGUCCGUCCGUCCGUUAGCAAUUCCGUGUCCGCUUUGUAACUCUUGAACCCCAUGAAAGAUUUCAAAGAAACUUGACACAAAUGUUUAUCAUAUCGAGACGAUGUGCAGAGUGCAUGUUCUGGAUGGCUUGCUUUAAGGUCAAGGUCACACUUAGGGGUCAAAGGUCCUAUGACUUUGUUUCGUAUCCUCUCUGUAACUCUUGAACUGCUUGAAGAAUUGUAAAGAAACUAGACACAAAUGUUCACCACAUCAAGACGAUGUGCAGAGUGCAUGUUACGGAUGGCUCCCUUCAAGGUCAAGGUCACAUUUAGGGGUCAAAACAAUAUGUGUUCUUAAAAAAUCUUCUUGUUCAAAAUCUCAGGACUUAGAGCCGCGAUAUUUCAAGAUUGUUCAAAUUAUUACCCUGGGGUGCCAAGUUUUACAUAGACUUAUAUAGGUAAAAAUUUUAAAAACCUUCUGGACUAAAAGUUCAGGGCCUAGGCCUUUAAUAUAUGGUAUGUAGCAUUGCUUAGUGGUUCUCUAACAAGAUUGUUCAGAUUAUGCCCCUAGGUUGAAAAGAGGCCACAUCCCGGGGGUCACUUGUAUAUGAGCUAUAUAGUAAAAAAUACUUCAAAAAUUAUCUGAUCAUAAUUCCUAGACUGUUUAAUUAUAAUUUCCUGAUGACUCCAUGUAAUUAGGGAUCACUUGACUGUGACCUUGACCUACUGAUCUACUUUCUUGUUUUUUAGCUCACCUGAGCACAAAGUGCUCAAAGGUGAGCGUUUGUAAUCGCUCUGUGUCCGUCGUCCGUCAUCCGUCGGUCGUCAACAAUUUGACUGUUAACACUCUAGAGGUCACAAUUUUGGCCCAAUCCUAAUGAAACUUGGUCAGAAUGUUACUUUCAAUACAGUCUUGGACGAGUUCUAUAUUGGGUCAUCUUGGAUCAAAAACUAGGUCACCAGGUCAAAUCAUAGGAAAAUCUUGUUAACACUCUAGAGGUCACAAUUUUGGCCCAAUCUUAAUGAAACUUGGUCAGAAUAUUACUCUCAAUAAAAUCUUGGACGAGUUUGAUAUUGGGUCAUCUGGGAUCAAAAACUAGGUCACCAGGUCAAAUCAAAGGAAAAGCUUGUUAACACUGUAGAGGUCACAAUUUCCGCCCAGUCUUAAUGAAACUUGGUCAGAAUGUUACCCUCAAUAAAAUCUUGGAAGAGUUCGAUAUAGGGUCAUCUGGGGUCAAAAACUAGGUCACCAGGUCAAAUCAAAGGAAAAGCUUGUUAACACUCUAGAGGUCAUAAUUGCAGCCCAAUCUUAAUGAAACUUGGUCAGAAUAUUACUCUCAAUAAAAUCUUGGACGAAUUCAAAAUUGGGUCAUCUGGGGUCAAAAACUAGGUCACCUGGUCAAAUCAAAGGAAAAGCUUUUUAACACUGUAGAGGCCACAUUUAUGACUGUAUCUUCAUGAAUUUUGGUCAGAAUGUUAAUCUUGAUGGUCUCAAGGUCCAGGUUGAAUCUCGGUCAUGUAGGAUCAAAAACUAGGUCACAAGGUCAAAUCAAAGGAAAAGCUUGUUAACACUCUAGAGGCCACAUUUAUGACUUAUCGUCAUGAAACUUGGUCAGAAUGUUAAUUUUUAUGAUCUUUAGGUCAAGUUCGAAUCUGGGUCAUGUGGGGUCAGACACUAGGGCACCGGGUCAAAUCAAAGGAAAAGCUAGUUAACACUUUAGAGAUCACAUUUAUGACCAUAUAUUUAUGAAACUUGGUCAGAAUGUUAAUCUUGAUGAUCUUUAGGUCAAUAGGUCAGGUGAGCGAUACAGGGCCUUCAUGGCCCUCUUGUUUAAGAUACUGCCUAGAAAUUUGAAUGACGUAUACAGUUUUGCACACCGAUCUUAACACUGACUUUCAGUGACCAAGAAUUUGACCUACUGACCUACUUUCUUAAUAAUUUAGUAUCAGUUUGAUAUUUGAAACAUGUAGCUCAUAUUACUCAGGUGAGCGAUCCAGGGUCAUCAUGACCCUCUUUUAUAAUUGAGUGCUGUACAAUUUCCAAAUUAACUAUAAUCAUAUUGUUAAACAAACCGUAAUAAAUAAUCACAGAAUAUUA